UGUUGGCAGUUAUUUGGAAGCGGCACUGCUCGAAGGUCAAAGCUGCAAGAUCUUAGCGUACAACUUUCUUCAACUUUUCUUACAAGAAAUUAGCCGAGACGAAGUGGGGGGAUAUGGCGGCCCCACAUACAGUGAUGUUACAGAGGAGGGGUCAUGAGCCCUGGGGGUUCCGUCUGCAGGGAGGAAGGGAUUUUCGAAUGGAAUUAUCUGUGAAAAAGAUUAUGCCCGGGAGUCCCGCAGAAGGCCAGCUACACCAGGGUGACGUCAUCAUGAGUAUAGGGCAACACCGAGCUCACGACCUCACUCACAUGCAAGCUCAGCAGUUGAUCAAGAACGCCGGUAGCUCAUUGCAACUUGGAAUACAAGCAGGAGCAAAUGCAGAUUUCGCCAACAUUAAACCUAAAGGACCUAUCAAGUUUUCACCAUGGAGACAGCGAUAACAGUCUGGGAAAAUAACUUCACAUUUAAAUGUUUUGGUUUUUAAUGUAAAAAUUCCGGAUAUUUUUUAUUAAAACAAGACAUUGGCUGUCGAUAUUCUCUUGUUUACAACAUUCAAAGAGGAAGAUUUGGAAAUGGAACAUAAUAACAAACCUACACAUGCACUGUGUUUCGCUUCUGUUCGUGCAGUUAAUGAUGUUCAUUUAUAGUUUGUUACUGCAUUUACGUAUUUAUGGGCACUCAGGCCCCAUUUUCGUCUUCCUUUUUUUAUUGUCUUCUUUUUGUGUUUUAAAGUGAUAAUAACAUAUCGGUUUGUUCGGUUCUGACUGGAAUGUGUUAAUUUACUAACCUUGGAAAUGCACCUACUGUAAGGGCGGAUCGGAUUUUUAAAAAUUAAUAAUGGGUAUCGGUGUUUUCCUUUGAAUGAGUACAGACAUUAAAAAAAACAAAAACACCAACGUAACAUUACUCGAUGGCGACACUUAACGUCUUGGCUAAACUACACACCACCCUUGAUCCGCCCUUGUAGUCCAUUGUUUAUUUGUACCUUUAUGUAUAUUGAUAAUUUAUUAUCAUUCUUAUCGGAGAUACAUAUGAACGCUGUACAGAGCUUCGAGUGGAGCAGAGAUACGAUUUCAGAAUAUAACCUGUGACUUCUUGAUAUAAUUAUAACAUCCUGGAUCGUAAACAGUUCCAGUGGAAGGCUGACAUUCAGUGUACUACGUUCAAAACAGUUGUAGUCAGAUCUUGACAUUCAGCAUCCUAGAUAUGGAAUAAUUGCAAUUAGUGGAAUAAUUAUUGUUAUACUGAAAUUCAGAGUGCUGUCUAAAUCCUGAUAUGUAGUAUUCUAGAUUUGGAAUAGUUUCAGUGAAAUGGUUAUAUUUAAUAUCCUAGAUUCAGAAUAGUGCUGUCUAAAUCCUGACAUGUAACAUCUUAGAUUUGGAAUACUUUCAGUGAAAUUGUUACGAUUAAUAUUCUAGACCUGGAACAGUGGUAUCCAAAAUACCGAUAUUUAACAUCCUAGAACGACAAUAGUUUCAGUGAAAGUGUUAUAUUUAAUAUGCUAGAUUCAGAACAAUGGUAUCUAAAUCCUGAUAUAUAGCAUCCUAGAUUUGGAACAGUUUCAGUGAAACUGUCAUAUUUAAUAUUCUGAACUUGACCAGUUGUAUCCAAAUCCUGAUAUUUAAAUCUGGAGUAGUUGCAGUGAUAUCGUCAUAUUCAACAUCCUAGAUUUGAAACAAUUGAUGUGACAUCCCGACAUUUAAUAAAACAGACUAAAACGUAAUCGUGAAAUCCUGAUAUUUAAUAUCAUAUAGCAAUUACACGGAGACCCUGACAUUUGAGAUCCUGAAUUAGAAGGUUACAUUUGUGUCUUAGAUAUGUAAUGGUUGCUGGCAUACUGUGACAGAGAUGCUUAUAAGUUCUUUGUGCCAUGUAAAAUGUAUUUUCGAUUGUGCUAUAGAGCUUGGCGUGUAUUGUGGAUAUUAUUUCGGGUUUCGGACAAAACAAGCUCCUGUGUCCGUGUCAUUCAUGGUGAUGUUUGGACAAGUGCAUUUAGUAUAAAAGCAUUACAGCAAACAUUAAAUUAAUAUUAAAUUACAUUAUACAUAUUUACUAGAUUGGAAAUAGGACAAAGUGGGAUCUAUAGUCUCUUCGUGUUAUGUCACCUGCCUCAUCCACGUCAAAUUAUAUUCCUUCAAAGUAUUGUAAUAUUAAUGUCGUAUUGUAAUAUUUGAAAUAUAACUAUCUGAACAUCAAAAUGAAAGAACACUGAUCACUAUAGAUUCUGGAUUACAGUAAUUUGAUGAGUGGGUUCAAACGUAAUGUGGACCCAACAAUGUCUGAAGGUGGUUGCGUUUUUAUUACUAUUAAAAAAAGAAGGAAAGAAAUGUUCGAUUUAACGACGCUCUCAACACAUUUUAGUUACGGUUAUGUGGCGUCAGACAUACGGUCGAGGACCAUAGAGAUAAUUAGAAAAAAACCCGCUAAUGCCACUCCAUGGGCUACUCUUUUUCGAUUAGCUGCAAGGGAUUUUUUUUAUAUGCACCAUCUCAUAGAUAGCUGUUGAGCACAGGCUGGAACGAGAAAUAUCUUACGUAUCAGAACAGCUGUAGUAAAAUCCUGACAUUUAACAUCCUAGAUUUGGAAGAGUUUCAGUGAAAUUGUUACAUUUGAUAUCAUAGAUUCAGAGAAAUAUCACCGACAGGGAUCAAUCCUAGAUCGACGGCACAUCAUAUCAGGCGAGCGCUUUAACACUGGACUACGUCUCGCCCCUACUAUUAAUAGAAAUACUGAUGUGGUGCGGGCGCGCGUUCAUCGGUGCCAAGACCCGUGUUUAUAAAACUUGAGUCUCGGAUCUCUUACUUGAAGAACGAUGGGAUAUAGUUCAGUGAUGGAGUGCUCGCCUGAGGUGUGACGGGACGCUGGAUCGAUCACCCCUCGCUGGAUCCAUUGUAUUUUUUACCAUACUAACCAGUGCUCACUGCUAGCUUACCAAUGGCCAUGAUGUGUGUGACUGUCUGUCGGAAAGCGAAAUAAUUUUAAAGGUUCUUUGCUUGUUAUUUUAUUACUGUACUAAAUAAUAAUAACUGUGCAAGUGGUAUGCUGCCACUUAUAUCACAGCAAAAUGAGGCGGAACUCUGGCAUACGGGUGGAUAACUCUUCUCUUUUUAUUUUGGUCAGCUAUUUUACAUGAAGCGAAUGUAUUUCUUAAAAAUAGCAGUCACAUAGCCCUUUCGACAUUGUUAUAUUUUUUUCACAGAAUAUAUUUCGACAUAGAAAUUGUAUUGAAAUGCAUGCAAAAGUAAACAGUGGUGUGCAACCUUAAAAUAUUAUAUGUUAUUGGCUAUUGAGUGAAUGACGUCGACAAUAGGUCAAGUUGUACAAGCUGUUAUACAAUUUAUACAAAUUAGCUUUAAUGUCGAAUGUUAUUAAUAGGCCGUGAGUGCAAUAUUUAUUACUGAUGUAAUAUAUGUGUUAGCUGCUUGUAAAAAUUAAUGAAAUAACUAUAUAUGGAUUUUGUUUUUUGUUGUUUACAUAUUUGUGUCAUUUACACAAAAAAAUAAUAAUAGUAGCUUAGAAGUGACUGUCCUGAACGAAUGCUCCGUAUAAAAGCGAAAUGUUGAAUAAAUUAUUUCACAUUUUCAAA